CUGGCCCUCAGCCAAUCAAGGCGGGGCAGGAAGUGACGCAUUCAAGCGCACGGAAGCCUCGGCGGAGGACGCGCCAAAUUUCAAAGAACUUCCUCCUCGAAGAGACAGAGAAGAAGAAGCAAAGAGGAAAAGAGAGGAACGGCGACAAAAUCCUUUCAGGAAAAGACAAAGAAGUCAAAGUUAAAGAAAGUCCGGAGGAGUUCGUCGAAUGUCGGCGGAGUCGGGAGCUCGACACGACACACACGCAGCGUGAACGUGUGUGUGUCCGUGUUAAUAUCAGACAUGAGACGACGGAUGUGUUUCAGAAAACUGUGAUUUUAAUCUCUCACACACACAGUCAGAUGACAACUGUUGACACUUGGUAAUAUUAAAGCGUCACAGCUGCAGCUAACAGUCGCAGCUGCCUGUCCUACUGGACAGCUUUAUUUUCUCUCCUCAUAUUCAGGCUGUUUACAUCACACAGGAAGCUGCGUCCUCGCCUCUGGACGAGACGCUUCACCUCUGCUCCUCUUCAACCUGUGCAGCGCAGCAGGGCUGAGGUCUUCAGUCUGUGUAAAGACUCCUCACCUGUCUGUGCUCAAUCACACAUGUUCCCUGUGUGUGUGUGUGUGUCGUUCACUGCCACACACUUCACUGAUUUACUUUAACUCCAGCUCCAGAGGACAUGGCUGUGUGUCUGUAAUGGGAUGCAGCCCACUGUAAACCAGGGCCGGCCACAGUUCAGGUGAGGCCGCAGGGAGGCUCAGAGAGGAGGAGAAGGAGGAGAAGGAUAGGGAGGAGGUGUUUUUUUUUUUUUUUUUUUUUAGUGGUGGCAGGCAGUCAGUGCUUCCAGUCAUGCUCUCCGGCGUGCAGCCCUGCUUCCAGCUGCUGCGCAUCGGGCCUGCAGGGGGCGACGCGUCCCGGGACCUGUAUACGUUCAGGCCGGGCCUGAGCCGCUGCAUGUUCCGCCUGGGCCGAGCGGCGGAGGUGUGUGACGUCACGCUGAACUCUACGGUGGUGUCGCGCAUCCACGCUGAGCUACAUGUGGAGAGGGAGGGGAGCGGGGACCAGGAGGAGGCCUCACAGGAGGAGGGCUGGAGGGUCCACGUCAAAGAUCGGAGCAGUCAUGGAACCUGGGUCAACGAGGUCCGCCUCCAGGCUGGCAUCCUGUGGGAGCUCUCCGAUGGAGACACCCUCACCUUCGGGGGUCAGACUGGACCGGGGAGCCCAGAGUUUUACUUCCUGUUUCAGAAAGUCAAAGUUCGGCCUCUGGACUUUGAUGCCAUCACCAUUCCGAAGGCGGGGACGUUCUCCUCCGAUUUGCAGAACAGGAUCAGGACCAACUCGGAUCAGAAGGUGGAGACCAACCUGGACCUGUCCAGGCUGUCCUUGAACCGGGCCACCGUCAUCCUCAGCUCCAUCGGCAGCCUCAGUAAGAUGAAGGGCAGCGCCUGGACCUUCAAGAGGAGCCACAGUCACGAGGGCGCCGUCUCAGACUCCGGCUCCUCCUCCACGCCUCCUCUGGCCGUGGGUUUCUCCUCACUGCUACCUCCCUCCGCGGCGCCUCAGCCUCCUUCUGCUCCAGCAGCACCGACCCCUAAGACCCUCCAGUCCACCUCCAGGAGCAGGAGGAAAUCGGCCCACACCGUGCUGCUGGAGGACGACAGCUCUGACGAGCCCAGGAGUAAAGGAGUUCUGACAGAACCUGUGGUGGAGCUCCAGAGAGUGAGGGCCAAGAAGAGGCGGAGACUCUACAAGUCGGAGUCGGAGAGUUUUAACUCUCCCACUCCUGCUCCGCCUCCUCCUCUCACUCCUCUGCUGCGUAAGACUCACACUGACAUCAGACGCCCCCUGGAGGCCAAACCCUUUCCCGUGGGCAUCCGGACCAUUGGCAGCUUCCACGGCGCCAUGACCAACAGCAGACUGAACCACCAGCACCUCCUGCAGACCUCCUUCAGCACCUCCUCCGCUCACACACCACGGGUGGAGUCGGUGCAUCGCAUCAAGACGGUGGUUCAGGGCAACAUGGCCGCCUUUCGCCAACAGAAGCCGGCCCACUGUUCUCCGAUGGCACAGAGGGGCCGACGCAGAGCUCACAGCUCUCCAGUCUUCUCCCCUCUGGUGGUUGGAGGAGAGAACUACAACCUGGCCUCUCCUUCGGUCAGGGUCCACGCCCAGGAGAUGGGGAGGGUCCAGGUCCAGAGGUUCCACCAUCAGACCAGUAAGCGUCGGGGUCGCCCCAGGAAACACCUGCUCCCUCCGCGGCCCUCUCUGCCCUCUCCGUCCUCCUCCUCUUCUUCUUCCACCUCCUCGGCCUCUUCUUCCUCCUCGUCGUCGUCGUCCUCCUCAGACGAGGAGGACGACGACGACGAGGGGUCGGCGGUGGGGUCGGUGGAGCCCUGUGCGGCGCCGCGGUGUCGCCUGCCGCAGCAGGACACGGUGCAGUGGAUCCAGUGUGACGUCUGCGAUGCCUGGUUCCACAUAGACUGUCUGCACGUAGACCGGAAGAAGAUCCUGACGGACCCCAACGCUGACUUCCACUGUGGCUGUCGCUAAGAGGAGGAGCCGCCGGGUCAGCGUGGGGGGGUCGGGGCGAGGGGGCGGAGCUCAGUGAACUGAUGUGACUGCAGUUUGUCUGGGAGGAAACUACACCAGAGAAAUCUCUGUAGCUCAAAUGUCCAGCAGAGGGCGCUCCAAGCCCAGCAUCUUUAACCCACUUUGACUUUGUUCAGAUUAUCGUCCUGUUCUUUUCUUCCAGUUCAGUCUGACUUUUUGUUUGUUUGUUUUUUGGGGUGUGUGGGGGAGGGGCUGGUUCUGAAAACAGUUCCGUCUGUGGAUCAGUUUUCAGAAGGUGCAGGAGUGACGUCAGUGAUGAUGAUGAUGAUGGAGUAGACGCUCGGUAAUAUGGAGCUCCAGUUAGUUCCAGUACUUUAUUGGAGUUCCUGAUAACUCUGCACUGGACACACACACACACACACACACACACACACACACACUCAGACUCAGGUUCUGUCGGUACCAGCAGUUCCUGUGAGUACUUUCUAACUCACCAUCAGGCCUUGGAAUAUGAUCAGUUUGAGCUAACGUUCCUGUCUCAGUUCCUGGUACCGAUUGUACAGAAGAAUCACCGUUGAAAAUGUUGGAGUUGAAACAGUUUACCUCCUGAAUCUCACGUGAAUAAACAAAAAAAAAUCUGAUUUAAAAAAAAAAAAAAACAGUAAAAAAAAA